UGCAGUAUUCAUUCAUUUUUCCUCUUAAUUAAAUAAAUAUUUAUUCUAUUAUAUACUGCUUUAGCUUCGGAACAACAAAAAAAAAUAAUGGCACGUCAAUUGGUCGUAUUUGCUCUUUUGGCUUUGGCCGUGGCCACCGCAUUCGCUGCCGAUGCACCAUCAGCUGCUCCCACCGCCUCUCCCACCAAAGCCCCCACCACCCCUACCAAGGCUCCAGCAGCUGCACCCAAAUCCUCCGCCGCCGCACCUAAAGCAUCUUCCCCUGUCGCUGAGGAACCCACUCCCGAAGACGACUACUCGGCUGCCACCCCCACUGACUCCGCCGACGCACCCACCGUCUCCUCCCCACCGGCUCCCACUCCCGAAGCCGAUGGACCCUCAUCCGACGCACCCACCGCCGAGUCCCCCAAAACUGACGCUGCGACCAAUGUGAAGCUCUCUAUCGCCGGCACCGUUGCCGCCGCUGGAAUCUUCUUCUUCUCUCUCUAAGUUUCUUUUUAAUUUUAUAUUUUUUAUGAUUUAAAUCAAACUUGGCGGGAGGGACGUAACCAUUAUUUUGUGUAACACUAUCAAUCAAUUCUCUCUCUAACUAACUAACUACUAUACCAAAGAUUAUUACUAUAUAAUUUAUAAUCAAAUCAAAGAUUGAAUGGAGUUAUUAGUUUUACUAUU